CUCGCACACACACAAUACGCACCCCUCACAGAAAUACACGCACUGUCUGCUGGGGACCUUCACCGGUGGCAAAGCAGUCAGGUAUCUGUGAGCCACCAGCUGGAGUCUCAGGAGUUUCAUCCACUUUGAAUGUCGCGAGCCUGUGCAGGCCCGCUGCUCACUUUACUGCUGACAGAGGUUUUACCAGACAAGUGUUGGAUAGUCAUCAGAAGAGAAGAUACUACAGCUUUGUAACCCUUGUUUCAUGAAGAUGUUUCCUUGGUCUGCUGUUUUCUCCCUUGAGCCUAAAGUGCCCGGCCAGCGAACAACUGAGGAGCUGGUAACCAACACCCUGAUGCUGGAGCUUGGGGCCAUGGUGAAGCGCACUGAACGCAUCCGCUUGGAGAGGGCGACGGAGGGUCGUCGCCGCCGUCGCAGCUCUUCCUCUACAGCAGACUACAGCUGGUUGGCAACCACCCCGACCCCACAGCCCUUUGAACUCACUCCCAAUGACCUGCUGGAGCUGCAAGACCUCUGUGCCAAAAUCCCUCCUGCACAGUGUGGGCCUGUGAUUGUCAGGUUCAGGAGGCUGGUGUCACAGAUGGAGCCCGAGGUUCACGAGGUUCCUCGGCUCUUUCGCUCAGUGCUGCGUGACUGUGUGGAUGAGGCGAACGGAAACGAUGAGGUUCCGACCCAGGAAGUGGUGUUUGAGAAGCAGCAGCGCAGCAAAAGCCUCUCCUUUGUCACUUUCCGCACAAAAUUCCGCACGGGGUAUUUCCCAAAGGGCAGCAACUUGAGAGGCUCCAGGGGGAACCUGCAGCAGCAAGUGGAAUGGUCUGAUGAGGAGGAGGAUGGAGAAGGGGAGGAGGAAGCAAUCAAAGCCAGGGCGAGGAAGGGAAGGAGUAAGAGCAUGCCAGAGAUCACCCCUAUAGAGCAGAGUGCUCAUGGGUGAGAGAAGUGGGGGGAGUCAGGGGAGAAAUAAAGCAGAGGGACAUGUGCAAGGGAGGGGAGGAGAAACUAGGAGAGUCACAGAGAAGACUAGGUGAGCCCAGAUUGUACAAGACAAGGAUUAAUGAGGAAGAAAGGGAGAAGUGGAAGUAGCUGCCAUUAAAAAAUGGGUCAAAUAAAAAUCCUGAAAACUUAAAAAAAUUAUUUUCUUCCUUCUUUCAAAAGAUGAAGAAAAAAAUUCAAGAGAAAGGAUUUAAGUAGAUUUGCUCACUGGCAGCUUUAGGUAAAUCUAAAAGAAUUAUGGUUCUGGCUUUAAGAUGUCAGCAGCCUUUUGUGGUCCUGGUGGGUAAAUUAGAAACUGCUGAUACUGUUUUACCUACAUAAGACCAAAAAUACUAAAGGGAAUAAAUAGCUGUUCCAAAUCUGACACGACCUGUUAUGCUCAUUUCCAUAUUUCAAGUACCCUUUCCUGAUUUCCAUUUCAAAAUAAUCCUGCUUUGUCUCAUUCUGGGCCUGGAACCAGUUUUUAUGUUAGCUCAUCUCCCUUUAAAACCACUUUUGUCUGGUAACGGAUGGGUGAGGUUUCUGUAUCUGAAGUGGUAAAUACAGAUCCUCCUUCUUUUGACGGGACUCUUGCCACAGCAGAUCAUCUGCCUCCAUCUCAUCCUAUCAUAAACACAUCACAUGAACUAAAACUUGUUACAUAACAGGACAGCUUUCUUCUGCAGACUCAGCAGCCACAGUUUGGCUCCAGAUCACCAGCUCAGUUAACAGAUGCUCUCCCAUCAAGUAAAGCAGAAAAU